AUGGACGUACCUGUGCCCCUGGGGCUGCCAGUGCCAUGGGUGGUCCCUGAGCAGCCUCCCAGCAGGGAGAAGCCCUUCAGGUGCUUGGAAUGUGGGAAGAGCUUCAGGAAGAGCUUCAACCUCCUCACCCACCAGCACAUCCACACCGGGGAUCGUCCCUACAUGUGUGGGGAAUGUGGGAAGAGCUUCAGGCAGAGGUCCAACCUCCACACCCACCAGCGCAUCCACACUGGGGAACGUCCCUACAGGUGUGGGGAAUGUGGGAAGAGCUUCAACCAGAGCUCCAACCUCCGCACCCACCAGGGCAUACACACUGGAGAACGGCCCUACCCGUGUAUGGAAUGUGGGAAGAGCUUCAGGGACAGCUCCCACCUGAUCCAACACCAGCACAUCCACACCGGAGAACGGCACUACACCUGUAGGGAAUGUGGGAAGAGCUUCAACCAGAGAUCCACCCUCCUCCAACACCAUGGUGUGCACACUGGGGAACGGCCCUACACAUGUUGGGAAUGUGGGAAGAGCUUCAGUUACAGCUCCACCCUCCACAUCCACCGACUCAUCCACACUGGGGAACGACCUUACAAGUGCUUGGAAUGUGGGAAGAGGUUCAGGACCAGCUCAGAUCUCCUCAGGCAUGAGCAGACACACACAGAUGAGAGGCCCUUCCGCUGCACUGACUGCGGGAAGGGCUUCAACCGGAACUCCCACCUUGUCACCCACCGGCGCAUCCACACAGGGGAGAGGCCCUACAAGUGUGGGGAGUGUGGGAAGAGCUUCACCGAGAGCUCUAAGUUGACCAGACACCAAUGGACCCACCGGUAA